UUAGAGCAGUGGACAAAUAACAAUCAUAUGAGAAUUCAGCCAGACAAAGUAUGUUGGAUGAUGGUUUCAUUACGACAUUUUGAACGUGAUGAUCUAGCACUUAAAUAUGCAGGAGAGAAAGUAAGACAGGAGUUGGAAAUUAUGUAUCUUGGUGUGGUAAUCGAUAGCAGGCUCAGCAUGAUAGGACACAUUAGUAAUAACAUCAGGAAAGCAAAGAAAGCUCUUGGAGUAAUUCGCUAUGCAGCUUGUCAGAACAUCACAUUGAACAGCCUUGUGAGCUUGGUACGGUCAACAGUAUUGAGUAGAUUAGAGUAUGGGCUACAUGUCUGUUGUCCAAUUUCUGACAAUCAAUUCAAGAGAAUGGAUAUGCUACUAAAUCAGGCACUGAGGGUAAUUAGUGGUGCAGCACAGAAAACUUCUGGCGAAGCCCUAAAGUAUUACUUAGGAUUUUAUUCAAUCAAGCAGCUGUACAAUCUAAAAGCCGGAAAAGAACUUGUCAGAGCUGCGACAACGCAAAGUCACCCAUUGUUUGACGUGUUAAGAGAAACAGCUUCACACACAGAUGUGCGACUUAAAAUCGUUAAACCAUGGAGCUCAGUUGCAAUGAAUAUCAUCGAAAAUAUAGUACCUAUCAACCUAAUCUCGAGCAACAUCUGGGUACCCUACAAUGAUAANAGGUUAGCAAUUGAUAUCGUUGGAAGUAGGGAGUGGAGGGAUAGAAACCCAAUCAUCAAUCAAGCCGAAGUAGAACAGUACAUUGAAUCCGUCAAUGUUAACAUCAUCAUAGCAACGGACGGAUCGGUACGAGAGGACGUAACAGCAUGGGCGGGGCUUGUAUGGAAAAAUAACCGGUGCAUUUAUAAGUGGUGUGCAGGAAAACAUGGUAGGACUAGUUCCUUUCGUGCAGAGAUGGAAGGAGUAGAGGAUGCUCUAUUUUGGAUGUCAAAUAAUACCUCUGUCCAAGAUACUACACUGCUCCUAACGGACUCUAAAAGUUUGGUAGCACAAUUGCAAUCUGGAAUGGUAAAAAAUACAUGGCUGAAACUGCUGAGGAAAAUUAAAUCUUCAAUACGAAUCGCCUACAUCCCAGGUCAUGCGGGAAUCACGUAUAAUGAGGCAGCCGACCAUCUGGCGGGAAUGGCAGAACCAUUCGGACACAUCACUUUUUACCAGCAAGAUAUUACAAAUCGACUGAAAGAAAACUUGAAUAAUGACAACGCACCAAAGAAGACCUGGUGGUCGUUUCAAAGAAUGAAAGAAAGGGCAAUUAAAUUUGGAGAUGGAGGACGAAAGACAACCCGACUWAGUAACACUAAGACUGAAACCCAGGAAAUCAUGGGGUUGAUAACAAAGAACRCUUUGACUAAUAUUCUUAAGAAGGGAUGGCCGGAGAGCUAUAUCUCUUGA